UGGAUUCGCCUCUCCCGUAAAAUACACACACUCCCCUCUGUAAAAUAAAUUCUCUCUCAUGGAAGGCACAAAUUCCGUGAAAGAGUAGCAAUUCCCAACCCGACCGUCUCCGACAUGGACAUAAACGGAUCCGCCCGUUUCAGGCACCGGAAAACGGCGUCCAGUGACCGAUUCCUGGGCGCGUUUCCACGAGCGCUGCAAGAUAAUCCCGCUACCACCGCCGCUAACAAUGAAGAUAAUGAGCUCAACGAGGAUGAUAUAUUCUCCACCGGAGAUUUUUCCGAAGCUUCCAACCACCAUAAUAGCCCUCCCUCUUCUACCUCCUCUCCGCGCCACCACCCGCUCCAUACUCACAGCCACAAAGGAGCCUUCGCACAGCCGGAAUCUUUCGGCAUCCUGGCGGCUCUUCCGGAGCAUAAAUCCAAUUCGCAUCACCAUUUGUACCAGAAAACAACAAUUUCUUCGCCUACCUCGUCCUCAUCGACGACGUCACCUUCUCGUUUCAUUCCUUCCGUUCCCAAGCCGCCACAGGAUAGAUUGCCGAUUUCGACAUCAUUCAAUUCUUCCAAGUUUCAUCAGCCCCAGUCUGCGCCGGUGAACGUGCCAGUUUUAUCAAUGGCAAUGAGGAGGAGGCAUAAAGAAUUCGACGAGAUUGACGAGAACGAGGAUGAAGGGGACGGAGAGAUGCUUCCGCCACAUGAGAUCGUGGCGAGGGCGCAGUCGCCAAUGCUGGCCUGCUCGGUGUUGGAAGGGGUUGGAAGGACGCUAAAAGGGAGAGAUCUUAGGCAGUGUUCUGCAAUUACGAGGGAACAGAAAGAAUAUGCUAGGUUUUGCUGAUGCCUCCAUCAUUCAUUGGAGUUGCUGCUGAAGGCAUAUUGUUUAGUACAUGAAGGUCUAUAACACCUUGAUUAAGUAUGUUGAAUCGAAAACUGUAUUUAGCUUGAACUCUCUCAAACUUUGAAUUUCUUACUGAUGCCACAUUGAAGACUAUUCUGUCAAGAUUUGCAUGACAAUUUUUUCUCUUGUUUUCAUCUUUAUUUCUGGUUGUCAGUAAAAAUGUAAAGCCUCCAUGUGAUGAUUGAUGUAUCAAAUAUUUUGACUGUAAACUCAUUUUCUACA